AACCUUCCUUGGCGGUACACUCGGAAGAAUGUGUGCUGAACGAUCUCAAACGGCUAGGCACAUAGUAGAUCAAAUCAAAAGUCAGGGCUUGUUUGACAGAAUUAGAAAGCAGUGUCUUGAAGAUGUAGAUAUCUACAUGGACUAUCAAAUCCUUCAAAAGAAAGUGAACUCAUUUGUGUCCUCAUUUCUUCAAAGUCAGUCAUGGGAUCCCAGUGUUGAAAAGCUUAAGUUAAGAGAACAACUGCGAACGAAACUUCAGCGAACAAAAAUGUUGUCUUGCGGUGUUGACAGGCUUGUAUGUCAGGCUCUAAGGGCGAAAAUGCCUAAAGGGUUCAGAAAUCAAGUUCAAAAUAUUGUGUGUGAUUACUUUAGUCUAACACCUGAUUCUCUCAUGAUAAACAACAACUUUAAUCAAGGUUGUGAUGAUGUAAGGCUCUCAGCUUUCUCUGAACUCCAAGGUGGUCCAUGUGUCACCGAAACAUUCGACAGAAACUAUGGCUGUCCUGCAGUGAAUGCUGUAGCUAUCCCAGCGACACCAGCUGUUCAACCACCAUUUCCGUAUACCUACCCCACAGUUCCAGUUCAACACCCAGUUAUUCAACCAAGUGUCCCCUGCCCAAUGAAUGCAUAUGUAGGUCCGAAUGGAAACUACAUAGUUCCUCCUGGUGUAUUUUGCCAACCACUUGUUCAUUUUGGCAGUCAACCUCCAUUACCCGUACAAGCUAUCCAGGUUGUAGGAAGUCAUGUUAUUUCACCGAAACCACAGUGUGAUUCAAGUCAGAUUCGAGUACAGCCCGUUGAAGUUACGGUUGAAGAAUCAGUACAGUGUGACGAUCCCAUGGAUAUCGAAUCGCUAAAUUCUAACAGUCCGGUUGAUCAAAAUACUGUAUCUCCUUCAUGUAGAAAUUUGGAAUGUUUUGAAGAGCGUGAAAUAUCAAAAGUAAAUGAAAGCAUAAGUGAAAAAAGUUCACAUUAUCCGCCUAAUCAAACUGCUUGGCAUAAUGCCAAUUUAAUGUUGGAUGAUGUCUCUGAAGAUGAGGAAAAAUAUACGAAUUCCAAAUCACUAUCUUCAUUCGAAAACCGAAUAAAGUAUUCCGAUCACUGUUCAUCCUCGAGGUCGCCACAUGCAGGCCCUCAUUCUUAUGACCGGAACUCGCCUCUACAAAAUGACGUUCAUAGUUUCCAUGAUCUUGCACAUUCAAACUCAUCUAGUACAUACAAUGAUCGUAAGCAUCAGAAAUUUACACGAUCUACUUUGGAAUAUAAUCCAGAAAAUCCUGGUUUAAACCAUAACACUAGUACUGAAAGGAAAUUGUCUUGCGAACAUCAGUCUGAUUUUACCAAAUCGAAUUUAACAAAAUCAUUGACAAGGGACAAAAAUUACUACCAUACUAAAUAUUCACGGUCAUCCACUUCACCUUUAUCAUCUAACAGUAAUUUCUAUGAGUCAACCCAUAUAGAUCGUGAUGACUGGCGUCCAAGAACUGUUGAGAUGAGUUCUCAGAAAGAGAUGAAUUCCUGCACUCUAACAAAUAGACCGCGAACUGCUUUUUUAAAAAAACAUCUGCCACACAGUCCAACAACUCAAUCUGCACAUCAUCUUUCAGAUACACGGAGACAUUCGCACUGCACGAGAAGUCCUAAUGUUUCUAUCGAUCGUCGUAUGAAAUCUGAAUAUUCGUCCAGCAAUCUUGUAUCUAGCCGGUUCCGUGCAUCUCCAGACUCCGGUCAGACAAAGACGCGAAGCGUAGAAGCUUGCCUACGGUAGCAUCAUCAUGUGAAUGGUUCAGGAAUGAAUCGCAUUCACCGGAGGAACAUUCUAGCAGAUCUUCUUCGAUGUUCUCACACAGCAACAAUUCACUGUCGUCAACCUCUGAGCGUUUGACGCCAGACCCAACAGGGAAUUCACAAUACGCUCAUUCACGCCCUCAUAAUAAAGCUCAUGAAACGGGUAAGAAAUGAAAUAUCACAACUAACUCGAUUUUUUGUUAACUGAUUAAUAUUCUGAUCAUACUAUCUCUUAUGUGGUUUUUUAGAUACUGUGAACUCUUAUUCUCUGGAUUUCACUUUGGAUCGGUUAACUCGGAAGCGCGAGAUUGAGGCUAGGUUAAAGGAGAUUGAAUCAACUGAGAGAAAGUUAUUGAACAAACAAAAAAUGCUAAAUUAUGGGAAAGAAGCAAGACCGCCCACAAAUUCCGAUGAUAUAGAACACGGUUCAGACUACAAAAGAUUUUCAAAGAAAUAUGUGAAGUGAAACAACAAAGGAUCUCAGUAGCUGAUGAGUCAAUCAACAUUUAUGACUUACAUCAAAUCAUUGUGGUAAUCAUAAAUUCUGCUUACGUUAACGUAUUCCUUAGUAGGCUAUAAAAAGACUUAUACUGAGGUUAUUGGCAGUGUGCGGAGUUUAUACGUAAAUAUAAAACUAUUGUAUUUGAACAUAUUUAUUUGUAACAAUGUUUUAUAAUAAGCAUCAAAAAUGAACCUACGAUGUAGUACAAAAUGCAACAAGAACCUAACGUUCAGUUAACAAACAUAUCACAGCUAACUAUACGUUUCUUUCUUCCCCUUCGACUUCUCUUACUUCGUCACUUCAAAUUCAUUUUUGUGUUCUGUGAAAAUAAUUAACAUGACAAGGUGAUAUUUUAUUGCUAGAUAGAUUUUAGUAAUAAAUAUUAAUGAGUUGGUAGCAAAAAAUUACUUGUUAUUAACUGAUUUUACAGAAAUAAGCUGGACAAAAACUGCAUACCAGUGUUAUUAAUAUAUUUGUAAUAGUAAGAGUGUUUGAUGUUACUAUGAACUAGUAUAAUUUUUGCGGAAACUGUAGAUAUUGAAUAAAAUUAAUUUAUGCACUG